CCAAGAUGAUGGGCUGCCCUGGAAGGCUUUGAGUCAGAGAUGUUGAGAUUGCUUCUCAAGGCUACUUUCCUCCUGCGUAUGGGCCUCCAUUAGGUGGAUUAAUGAAAUUCCAGGAUUUCCUUAUACCAAUUCUUCUUGAAUGAUUCUUGGAAAUAAUCAACUGCAGAGAGUACGUCAGCACUUUGAUUUUUGUGGAACCAAAAUGACUAAUUCUUCCCUACUUUCUCUCACCUUAUUUGGACACAGGAAUUACAGCAAUGCCUGGUACAGCGAGGCACGACCGAGACAUGGCAGUCCAGGCCAAAAGAAACCUGGCCAAAACCACAGACCCAAUUGAGAGGCUUCGGCUGCAGUGUCUAGCAAGGGGGUCUGCAGGCAUCAAAGGACUUGGCAGAGUAUUUCGGAUUAUGGAUGACAACCAAAACAGAACCCUUGAUUUCAAAGAAUUCUUGAAAGGGUUAAAUGAUUAUGCCGUGAUGAUAGACAAGGAAGAAGCUCAUGAGCUUUUCAGUAUCUUUGAUAAAGAUGGCAACGGAACAAUAGACUUUGAUGAAUUUCUUGUAACGUUAAGACCUCCAAUGUCUAAUGCCAGAAAAGAGGUCAUCAUGCAAGCAUUUAGGAAGUUUGACAAAACUGGUGAUGGUAUUAUAACCAUUGAAGACUUACGGGGGGUGUAUAAUGCAAAGCAUCAUCCCAAAUAUCAGAAUGGAGAAUGGACAGAAGAUCAAGUUUUUAGAUCCUUUCUAGAUAACUUUGAUUCACCGUAUGAGAAAGAUGGGAAGGUUACAACAGAAGAAUUCAUGAACUACUAUGCAGGAGUCAGCGCUUCAAUAGACACUGAUGUCUAUUUCAUUAUCAUGAUGAGAAAUUCUUGGAAAUUCUAACUGUGUACGAUUAAGGAAACAAGACUUUAUUUCCAUCUUCUUAGCUCCACAUGAUUAAAUAUGUUCACAAUAAUAUGGUCACGUUUCCCAUAAUAGUACCUUGUAGUCACUGUGCUGAUUUCAGUAUAUCAGAAGAGACAAUACUCACUCUACCACAUUGUUUUGGCAGGACCAUGCUGAAUUGAUGAACAUCAUAGGCUAAGAGGAGAUUUGGCAGCCCUGCCAAUAAUCACGCCCCUCAUUUUUCCUCCUGCUCCCCUUAUCUAUGUUGUUUCUUCUCUCAGAUGAGUAACCAGUUUCUCCUGAGUCAUGUAUGUUAGGCACCUUUUGUUCCCAAACAUGUCCCCAAAUUCAUGUUAGGCAGCUGUGUUUCAAAGAAGGUAUCAUAGCACCAGAGCAGAGGAUUCUGGGAUGUAUAUACUCAGUGGAUAAAUGUGUAAGCAUUUUUGUAGCAUAUAUACUGUCCUAAAGCUCCAUAAAUUUGUCUUCCUUCUUUUUCCUUCUAUUCCUUUGUUUCUUGACUUUCUUCCCAUUCUCUGGGACUACCUGUCUACUGUUUCUCUUAUCAAAGUCACCAGUGGGCAUAGAUGCUUUACAAUGUUCUCUUAACUAUGUAAUUGGAAUACCUACCAGUGCUCCACCCAGUGUCUAUGCUGGACCUAAACUGAAAGACUAUACAUAUUACUAAGCUACUUCUCCUGGGAAUUUUUUAUGAACUAAAGAACUUUAGAAUCUUAUUUUUUCUUGGCUUUGCUGCUGAAAAAGACUGGACAUUAGUUAACUGGAAGAGAUAAUAGGACUCUCCUAUCAUGUCAGUGUCUGUGAGAGCUGAUGUCUGGUCAGCUACCUGUGAGAAGAGGGAUGGUAAGAGAAGGGGCCUGUCCGAAAGCCAUACUUCCUCUAAAUAUCCUUGCUUUGUUUCCUUUUCUCAUUUCUCUUGUCAGUUUGUCUUUGUCCCAGAGUAAAUUGUUGUCAUGUAAAUGGUUUACAUGGAGCAGGAUUUACUCCAAUUAAUUUGUGCAAGUGUCAUAUACUUUUGUUUUCAAUCUCUCAAUCCUUAGUAAAAGACUCAAGGUUUUGACAACAAAUUGAACCAUGUUCAGAGCCAACAAAAAGUGCUAUGGGCCACAUUUUCACAAGCGCUUAACACCCAGAAGUGGCACUAGAUUUUUCAAGAGCUCUGCUUACCGAACUAAGUAUCAGAGGGGUAACCGUGUUAGUCUGGAUCUGUAAAAAGCAACAGAGAGUCCUGUGGCACCUCAUCCUCCCUGAUCGAACUAUCCUCGUUAUCUCCAGACUGAUUCUUG